AUGCUGAAGGUCCCUGGGGACGUGGACGGGAAGCUGCAGAAGUGGAAAUCUCUCUUGAACCCACUCCAUUCAAGCCUGCACACCGACCGCGCCACCAAACUCGCUUUUAUCGAGGCCACCGCUGACCUCCGUGUGGCCAAGACCGACGGUCAACUCAAUGAAGUCCACAGCGGACUUGACCUGGCGAUCUCCGUGGUUGAGGUGCUGGACCUCUUCUCCACCUGCGCUCAGUCCUUCGUGGGCUCACCCGGUCCCGGCUCUAAAUACCGUCCAAGUUCCCAAAUGCACGCCUGCAGCCAGGACCCCGCUCCUGAGGUCCUGGCAGAAGCUGUCCUCAGCUCGGGGAGCCGGAACCCCCCCCCCACUCCCGCCACUGGGGCUGCAGGGGGCUGUGAGGCUCUCAAAUGCAGCAUCAACCUCCUGCGUCCCCCCUUCCAACAGACUCCCUACCCGGAACCCCUUUCGAUCGGUCCGGUCGGGACGGCCCCUAGUCCUCCAGGGACCCGCCCGGCCGCAACCAGCACCCCUCCGCGCGGGGACCAUGGCGCACGGCUGUCUCGGGAGCCGCGGGGGCGCCGCCUGGUGAUCCGGCCGCGGCGGCGCGAGGGGGGCGCGGGCGGGGACCCCGGGGGCCAGUCCAUGCCCCGGGAGCGGCCGCGCCCGCUGCUGCUGCUGCUGCUGCUGCCGCCACCGCCGCCGCUGCCGGGACGCCUGUGGGCGGCGGGCACACCCGCGCCGGCGACGCCCGGGGCUCGGCAAGACGGCGCGCCCGGCGCGGGCCGCGUCAAGCGCGGCUGGGUGUGGAACCAGUUCUUCGUGGUGGAGGAGUACACGGGCACCGAGCCCUUGUACGUGGGCAAGAUCCAUUCGGACUCGGACGAGGGUGACGGGGCCAUCAAGUAUACCAUCUCAGGCGAGGGCGCUGGGACCAUCUUCCUGAUUGAUGAGCUGACGGGAGACAUCCAUGCCAUGGAGCGCCUGGACCGGGAGCAGAAAACGUUCUACACGCUGCGGGCUCAGGCCCGGGACCGCGCCACCGACCGCCUGCUGGAGCCUGAGUCGGAGUUCAUCAUCAAGGUCCAGGACAUCAACGACAGCGAGCCCCGCUUCCUGCACGGCCCCUACAUUGGCAGCGUGGCUGAGCUCUCACCCACAGGCACGUCGGUGAUGCAGGUGAUGGCCUCGGAUGCGGAUGACCCCACGUACGGCAGCAGCGCUCGGCUGGUGUACAGCGUGCUGGACGGCGAGCACCACUUCACCGUGGACCCCAAGACCGGCGUGAUCCGGACGGCCGUGCCCGACCUCGACCGCGAGAGCCAGGAGCGCUACGAGGUGGUGAUCCAGGCCACAGACAUGGCGGGCCAGCUGGGCGGCCUCUCGGGCUCCACCACCGUCACCAUUGUGGUCACCGACGUCAACGACAACCCACCCCGCUUCCCGCAGAAGAUGUACCAGUUCAGCAUUCAGGAGUCGGCCCCCAUCGGCACGGCUGUGGGACGAGUGAAGGCCGAGGACUCAGACGUGGGCGAGAACACAGACAUGACUUACCACCUCAAGGAGGAGAGCGGCAGCGGCGGCCAUGUGUUCAAGGUCACCACGGACAGCGACACUCAGGAGGCCAUCAUUGUAGUGCAGAAGCGCCUGGACUUCGAGUCCCAGCCCGUGCACACCGUGGUCCUGGAGGCCCUCAACAAGUUCGUGGAUCCCCGCUUCGCUGACUUGGGCACGUUCCGCGACCAGGCGAUCGUGCGCGUGGCCGUGACCGACGUGGACGAGCCCCCCGAGUUCCGGCCGCCCUCCGACCUCCUGGAGGUGCAGGAGGACGCGCAGGUGGGCUCCCUGGUCGGCGUGGUGACGGCGCGGGACCCCGACGCCGCCAACCGGCCCGUCCGGUACGCCAUUGACCGUGACUCCGAUUUGGAUCAGAUCUUUGAUAUCGAUGCGGACACGGGCGCCAUCGUGACGGGCAAGGGGCUGGACCGCGAGACCGCGGGCUGGCACAACAUCACGGUGCUGGCCAUGGAGGCUGACAAUCAUGCCCAGCUCUCCCGGGCAUCCCUAAGGAUCCGAAUCCUGGAUGUGAACGACAAUCCCCCGGAGCUGGCCACCCCCUACGAGGCAGCGGUGUGCGAGGAUGCCAAGCCAGGACAGCUUAUCCAGACCAUCAGCGUGGUGGACAGAGACGAGCCUCAGGGCGGGCAUCGCUUCUAUUUCCGCCUGGUGCCCGAAGCACCCAGCAACCCUCAUUUCUCCCUGCUUGACAUCCAAGACAACACAGCAGCGGUGCACACACAGCACAUGGGCUUCAACCGGCAGGAGCAGGAUGUGUUUUUCCUGCCCAUCCUGGUGGUGGACAGCGGGCCGCCCACCCUGAGCAGCACGGGCACGCUCACCAUCCGCAUCUGUGGCUGCGACAGCUCCGGCACCAUCCAGUCCUGCAACACCACAGCCUUCGUCAUGGCCGCCUCCCUCAGCCCAGGCGCGCUCAUUGCCCUCUUGGUCUGUGUCCUCAUCCUGGUCGUGCUGGUGCUGCUGAUCCUCACCCUCAGGCGCCACCACAAGAGCCACCUGAGCUCGGACGAGGACGAGGACAUGCGGGACAACGUCAUCAAAUACAACGACGAGGGCGGCGGCGAGCAGGACACCGAGGCCUACGACAUGUCGGCGCUGCGGAGCCUCUACGACUUCGGCGGCGAGCUCAAGGGCGGCGACGGGGGCGGAGGCCCGGCGGGCGGGAGCCCGGGCGGCGGCGGGGGUGCGGGCAGCCCCCCGCAGGCCCGCCUGCCCUCGGAGCACCACUCGCUCCCGCAGGGGCCGCCCAGCCCCGAGCCGGACUUCUCGGUGUUCAGGGACUUCAUCAGCCGCAAGGUGGCGCUGGCGGACGGGGACCUGUCGGUGCCGCCCUACGACGCCUUCCAGACCUACGCCUUCGAGGGCGCGGACUCGCCGGCCGCCUCGCUCAGCUCGCUGCACAGCGGCUCGUCGGGCUCCGAGCAGGAUUUCGCCUAUCUCAGCAGCUGGGGCCCGCGCUUCCGGCCCCUGGCCGCGCUCUACGCCGGCCACCGCGCGGACGACGAGGCCCAGGCCUCCUAGCGCCCCCGUCCUGCCGUCGGGGCGCGCCUCCAGGCCCACUGAGGGCCCGACGGGGCCCCGGGACCCAGCAUUUCCCCUGCUCACCCCCUUCCCCAGCUCUCCCACCCUCCCAGGGCGGCCGGACGGGAGGGAGGACUCGUUGGGGGCGGACACCCCGACGCCCCCUCUGGCCCCCCACCCCCCCCUCCCAGGGGGUGGGGUGGGGCAGCUUUUGCCCAGACAUACGGGAAUUACCACCAACGUCAUUAAAACUGCAGCGAGACCCGGCACUGCGUGGCUCUGGGGUGAGAAGGGGGGAUAGGGCCGCGUUGCUGGGUGGAGAAGGGAGGGGGUUACUCACUCCUGGCAGGUGAGGGAGGAGGGAGGACGCUGCCGAGGUGUCCCCCCUCCCAGGUCUCCCCCAUCGGAGUUAAGAGAGAAGGAAGGCUGUUCAUUUACUAAGCGCCUACUGUGUGCUGGGACACUGCAGAGACCAUCUGUUUUCACAGAAACCAUGAGGUGGGGCCCUGCAGGUAACAGAGGGAGAAGGCCACCCAGAGAAGUGGCCGUGACCUGUCCAAGGACACCUAGCCAAAACGGUAGAGCCUCUGGCACUUAACUUACCAAGCUGCCUGGCCUUGGGCAAGUGACCUCACUUCUCUGGGCCUCAGUUUCCUCCUGUGUCACAUGAGGCUAAUAACAGAACCUACCUCCAAGAGUCCUGAGGAUUAAAAAAAGGGUUCGUAUGUGUCACGUGGUUAGGACAGUGCCUGGCACAUAGUAGGUGUUCAAUAAAUGUUAGCCUUUGACACUA